GUCAGCUUCAAUCUCAGACCCAGAGUUGUGAGUCACCCUUCAUUGUUUGGAAGCAGCACUGGUACAUAAGGAGAGAGAGAGAGGGGACCCAAAAGAGUGGACAGAGAGUCCCCAACUGUCCACAGGAUGCUUCCAGUCCUGAGUGCCACCAUCAUCCUGUCUGUCUUUGUGUCCUGUGCCACAGUGGAACUAAAUGGGGAGCAGAUAAAUGACAUCCAGAAAAAAGUCAGCGACCUCUGGCAUAGGCUCAUCUACCUGAAGCCAGUCACUUCAGACCGUGAUGAUCACAUUGUCUAUGCCACCUGCCAGGUAAAGCCUUCUUCUACUUUGGAGGCCAAUAAACCCCGGGUGACAGGGCAAGUUCUAUUUAAACAGCUCUACCCAGACGGGAAGAUGGAAGUCUUCUUUGAUCUGGAAGGGUUUCCAGCAGAUACCAGGAAUGCCACUGGCAGAGCUAUCCACAUUCACAGCUUUGGAGAUCUCAGCAAUGGCUGUGAUGGAACCUCCAGCCACUAUAAUCCUCAUGGGGUAGCCCACCCCUUCCACCCAGGAGACUUUGGGAACUUCCUGGUGAAGGAUGGAAAGAUCAGGAAGUCCCGAUCCAACACUUCUGCUUCCCUAUUUGGGCCCCACUCUGUUCUCGGCAGGGCCAUUGUAAUUCAUGAGCAAGAAGAUGACCUUGGCAAAGGUGGAAACAAAGGCAGCCUGGAGCAUGGCAACGCUGGGAAGCGCCUGGCCUGUUGUGUCAUUGGCAUCUGUGGACCAGAGCUCUGGAAUAAGGCCGCAAUGGACAAUGCCGCGAGGAAAAAGAGGAGGAGAGAAAGUGAAUGUAAGACUGCCUGAAGCAAGGAUUUCUGCAGGUCUUUGGUCUAUUUCCUGGUCAAGCUAAUCACCUCUGCCAAACAUCACUGGUUGCUUAGAAUGCUGGGAUGAGGUUCUUUCUUUAGCUGCACUUGUAAGUGGUGCCUCCUCAGAGUUGCUUUGUUUGGGGGAAAAAUUCUACAUUCUGUGAGUCACAUAAUAAAGGAGCUUCAAUGCAAUAUGCAA